CCACACCAAAAAUUUAGUCUUUGCAAAGAAGUUUCUUUAGCAACAGGAGUUAGUGAAAGAACUAUUUCGCGAGUUCUUGCUAAAUUUAAUAAAACAGGAGAGUUCAAAUUAUCAAAACAAGACCAGUGGCCCCCUCAGGAAUUUUCUGUAGAUUAUGCAAAUGCUAUAUGUGAAAUUAUCUCUUCUGCAAACCAAAGUGGCCUUCAACUUACCCUACUUAUGAUAGUCUUAGAAUUAGCAGAGUUAAACUUUUUUAUUUCAAAAGCGCAACUUUCAC